CCCAUACGUCUGCACGAAUCCAAACCAAAACUUCAGAGCGGUCUUCACGACGGCGAUCGGCCACGGAUCGGAGUUCACAUAGUUGCGAUAAUACACUCCACGUACGUAUCUGAUCAGGUCAGUCAAAAUGAACCAAAUGCAGCAAGUGCGGGUAAAUGAUGGAGACGGGGAGCACGAGCCAAGAAAUGCAAGCUCGCGCCAGGCUCCCGCGGCCCUCGCCGCCGGCGCUACCGUGCGCGGUGCAGCUGCAGGUCACCGCGUUCUCCGCCGGCAUCGACGCCCUCAACCGCCGCGACGGCACCGUCAACCGCGGCGUCUACUCCGUCGCCGACCGCCUCCUCCGCGUGCGCGCGAAUCCCCGGCCGGACUCCUCCGGCGUCCGUUCCGCCGACUUCGUCGUCGACGCGUCCCGGGGCCUCUGGGCGCGCGUCUUCUCUCCUGCCGGAACUGCCGCCUGGGCCCGGCCGCCGCUCCCGCUCGUCGUCUAUUUCCAUGGCGGCGGCUUCGCGCUGUUCUCCGCGGCCCAAUGCUACUUCGACCGCCUUUGCCGCCGACUCAGCCGCGGCAUCGGCGCCGUCGUGGUCUCCGUCGAGUACCGCCUCGCCCCCGAGCACCCCUACCCCGCCGCAUACGACGAUGCCAUGGACACGCUCCUCUUCAUCGACGCCAACGGCGUCGCGGGCCUGGACGACGGCGUCUCCGUGGACCUCUCCAGCUGCUUCCUCGCUGGGGAGAGCGCCGGCGGCAACAUAAUCCACCACGUGGCCAACCGCUGGGCUGCAGCCGCGUCCGCCACCAGCUCCGUGCGCCUCGCCGGCCUACUGUCCGUGCAGCCGUACUUUGGCGGCGAGGAGCGGACGGAGUCGGAGCUGCGGCUGGACGGCGUGGCGCCGAUCGUGAACCUCCGGCGGUCCGACUUUUGGUGGAAGGCGUUCCUCCCGGCGGGCGCAACCCGCGACCACCCGGCGGGCGCAACCCGCGACCACCCGGCGGCGCACGUGACCGACGAGAACGCCGUGCUAGGGACGGCGUUCCCGCCGGCGUUGGUGGUCGUCGGCGGCUUCGACCCGCUGCAGGACUGGCAGCGGCGGUACGCCGACGUGCUGCGGCGGAAGGGGAAGCAGGUGCAAGUGGUGGAGUUCCCGGAGGGCAUCCACGCGUUCUACCUCUUCCCGCAGCUCGCCGCCAGCGCGGAGGUCAUUGAGGACAUGCGGGAGUUCGUGGAGAGCAACAGGGCGUCGUCGUCGACGCCGGAAUCCUCCACGCGGUGAACAGAGGCGACCAAGUUGCAUUCAGCAAAGAGAACGAAAAUGUGUGGAGCUGUCGAACAUAUAUUUGAUCAAUGCCUGGAGCUGUCGAAAAUAUAUUUACUCAGAAUCA